UGCGCGACUGGGCGGGCUCGGGGUCUUUUUGCUUCCCAUUUUGUCUCGCGUGCGGCACGUCCACCGUGGUUCACUGACGUUUCCGCUGUGCCAUCGCAUGGCCGACGUGUGCAUCUCGAGGCUCGCACUCGCGUGGUACUCGCUGUGUCACGAGCCGUGUCGCCGCUGAAGGAGAUCAGCCCGUCACGAUACGUCGACGUGUCGGGCACAUCUGCCACACCGUAACGAGUCUCCAAAAAGAGGAACCCGCCGCACACGGCCCGGUUCCCCGUUAUCGACGCAGGCCACACUGCCUGCUUCGUUCAUCGUCGUCGUCAUCGUCCACCUUCGGGUGAGCCAAAGCACGCGUGGCAGCGAUAAAUUCUCAGCAUCUCGGCUAUCUGUAAGCCGUAACGCCGCGACCACGCGUCCCCACGUACAUCAGUCGCGAUGUCGAACGAGGAGACCUCCGCCGACCGCAAUGUCGAGAUCUGGAAGAUCAAAAAGCUCAUAAAGAGCCUCGAAAUGGCCAGGGGGAAUGGCACGAGUAUGAUUUCGUUAAUCAUACCUCCAAAGGACCAAAUAUCGAGAGUGAGCAAGAUGCUGGCGGAUGAGUUUGGCACAGCAUCGAACAUUAAGUCACGUGUAAAUAGAUUAUCUGUUUUGGGUGCAAUCACAUCGGUACAGCAUAGGCUAAAGCUAUAUACUAAAGUGCCUCCGAAUGGCCUGGUAAUUUAUUGUGGAACUAUUGUAACAGAGGAAGGAAAAGAAAAGAAGGUUAACAUCGAUUUUGAGCCUUUUAAACCUAUCAAUACAUCUUUAUAUCUUUGUGAUAAUAAGUUUCACACAGAAGCACUCACUGCAUUACUUGCGGAUGAUAAUAAAUUUGGUUUUAUUGUAAUGGAUGGUAAUGGAGCAUUGUUUGGGACGCUACAAGGCAACACACGCGAAGUGUUACAUAAAUUUACUGUAGAUCUUCCCAAGAAGCAUGGCAGAGGUGGUCAAUCUGCACUGCGUUUUGCUCGAUUGCGUAUGGAAAAACGGCAUAAUUAUGUUCGAAAAGUAGCCGAAGUUGCUACUCAAUUAUAUAUCACUAACGAUAAACCUAAUAUCGCUGGAUUGAUUCUCGCGGGUAGCGCUGAUUUCAAGACGGAGCUUAGUCAAUCUGAUAUGUUUGAUCCUAGAUUGCAAGCUAAAGUUAUAAAAUUGGUUGAUGUAUCAUAUGGUGGCGAAAAUGGUUUUAAUCAGGCUAUUGAAUUAGCAGCUGAAUCUUUGCAAAAUGUGAAGUUUAUUCAAGAAAAAAAAUUGAUUGGUCGUUAUUUUGAUGAAAUUUCUCAAGAAACUGGUAAAUACUGUUUUGGUGUAGAAGACACAUUAAGAGCCUUGGAAUUAGGUAGCGUCGAAACUUUAAUUUGUUGGGAAAAUUUAGAUAUUCAACGAUAUGUUUUAAAAAAUCAUACAAAUGCGGAAGAAAAAGUAUUACACUUAACGCCAGAACAAGAAAAAGAUAAAACUCAUUUUACUGAUAAAGAAAGCGGGGUAGAAUUGGAACUCGUAGAAUGUCAACCGUUACUCGAAUGGCUUGCGAACAAUUACAAAAGUUUCGGAGCCACUUUGGAAAUUAUCACGGACAAAUCUCAGGAAGGAUCCCAAUUUGUUAGAGGUUUUGGUGGCAUUGGAGGAAUCCUCCGCUACAAAGUUGAUUUCCAGUCACUGCAGGCUGAUGAGCCUCUUGAUGAUGUUGACCUUGAUGAUUACUAAUUUCAUCCGUGAAUUACUCAGAAUCGACCAGGUAUCUUGCGGUACAAAGUGGACUUUCAAAGUAUGCAGCUGGACGACAUCGAAACCGAUGGCUUUGAUUUGGACGAUUAUUAAGUCCAUGACUCAAUCAACAUUUGGUUCUCUUAGCUUUGGAGAAAGCAGGAAGGACAUGAGUCCCAAGAAGGAAGCAUAAAAAGAUGUUUCAAAAUUUACAUAAUACAGCACGUACGAUAUCGUCAUAAAAUUAUUGUCUAGAAUUUACAAGCAUCAAGCAGAUCGUAAUUGUUACACAAAAGGGAAGAGUACCAGCGAAUAUGGCGCGGCUGAUAUAAUUCAUGUCUGAAAAAAAAGGCAAUUCGAAGACUGUGACACUUAAUUAAGCCAGCUUGAUACCUGCCUACUCUCAUACAUUCACCACCUUGUAUUACAAUUUUAUGGUCCUUAAUUAUUCACAGGAAUUCCUUUAAACAAUUAUACUACACGCUCUACAGUUCCGAAUACAAAUGUACAGUGUAUGGUGGUUCGAUCGUAAUUUUAUAUUAAAUUGAUGUUUGUCAUCUUAUCACAGAUUUUACGAGAAAUAAGUAUUUGAACUAUAAGAGCGGCUAUAGCGUUAUUUUGUUCAGAUACAAUCAUGAAAGAGCUGUAAUAAAUUGGUUAUUAUGAACAUACAAUUGCGUAUCGUGCAUUCUACACCGAUAUUUGCAAAAUUCAUACGGAGAGAAGAAUUCUGUAAAUAGAUGUCAAUUUUUAAAAAACGGCACAGUUGCCUUAGACAUAAGCUGAGGUCGCGUACACGAUCCACGGAGUAAAUGAAGUAUUUCCGUCUUAUGCAGUGAUACACACUUAAGGUAAACGUAAGGACAGAUAAUUCCUCGCAAUCCUACAUUGCUCCAUUGCUGGCUCUUGGCUCUUAGAUUUUUGUACAUUCACACAAUUGUACAUAAGAAACGCUUCGCAAAAGUGUAUUGAAGUAAUUUUUCAUUGUUAUAAUGGUGCACCUCAGUGAAGAAAAAGAUAUUCCCCGCAAUAUUCAAACGGUUACUGAAGAUAUUAUGAAAUUUAUUUUAACAUUGUUAAUUUAAUUCUCUUAUUCGUACGAUGCCUCUGUAAUAAAUGAUGCUAUGUAUGUAUAAAUGUGAAAAGAAUGCGACGUGCAAUUUUGGUGAAGUAUCCUUUAUGGAAGAAUACUGUAUAGAGAGCAAAGAGUUUCUCAAAGAGUCUCGAAUGUUGUGAGAUUUAUUCGACAAAAAUGGUGUAUUAUUAAUUAAUAAUGUAUCUACAGUAUUUACAUUGUUGUAAUAUACACCUUGCAGAGACAAAAACAGGCGCACACACAACACACACAAGAGAACUUCAUCAAAGUGGAACGCUCCAGAAAGAUUCGAUUUUGCGAUAUGUGCACAACGAAUUCCAGAACGUGAUGGUUCGAAGUAUUUGUAUCUGUGUAUUGUCUCUUAUGAUACCCAGAUGUUAAUUGCCGGCUUAAUGUUUCUUCAAAUUUUUAUAUGUAAACAUCUUCUCACUAUAGAAAUCUAGAUAGUUAUUUAUUUCUAUACAUCGGUGCGACUACGUUUCUGCUUAGCGGAUCCGAUUUAAGUACGCAAGAUAAUAAAUUAAGAACUCAAUAAAUAUCAAUGAGUGAAAAUGAGAUAAAGAGAGAGAAAGAAUGAAAGAGAAUGAAUGAAAGAAUGAGAAAAAGCAAGAGAAGUAGGGAAAGCCUUGUAAUCUUUGUUUUAAAGUAAAGGUACAUGGAAAUGUCGUCCACGCAAGUUGCUUUAACUGGAUCGAUGACGUACUUAGAUUUUAUGGCUUGCCUAUGAUUUCUAUAAGCAUAGUUAUAUAAUCUGCUAACAUGUUCGUCAUUGAUUAUUUUAUUCCCAUAUUUUUGCCAGUGAAAUAUCUUUUAAUCAAAACCGAUUGUUUCCUUCACAUCUCAUUAAAUUUUGUAUCCGACAGGAAAGCAAUAUGAAAGUAUAUGAUCAUGUAAGGAUUUUAUCCCAGCCGAUUUCUCAGUACAAUUUUAUUGUAAUAUUUCACUUUUGUAUAUGUGUACUACACGCGCUGUUCCAAAAUGAAAUUUAUUUCUGCUGGAUUACAAGUAUACAUGAAUCAUAGCUAAGGAUAGGAAAAGAAUUUUUCGAUGGUAUUACUGCUUAUUUUUUGUGAGACCUAUGCUUUGUCAGGUGACAGAGGGAGAUUGAAAUAAUGAUUUAAAACAUUCCAUACAUAUAUCAUUAAUGCGAAAUCGCAGAAAUGAGUCUUUUGAGAAACAAUGUAAUUUUUUUUUUAUAGAACAGCAUUUGAUUCAUUGAUUAACUUUUUUGUUAUACAUACAAAUUUGUAAUUUGCAUGUUUUAUUGGCUCAAUUUUGUUAAUCCAAAAAUUAACAAUUAUGUAUGUAUAUACAAAAUAUGCAAAAGCUAUGAUGAAUUGGUCUACUACAUCCAAGAGAUGAUAUCUGUUGAGAUAAUUAGUGUCUAAUAUUUGGAAGUUUGUCAAAUAACCAUUAUUUCCAAUCUUCCUUUUUUCACGCAUAUUUUAUUCGAAGUUUUAUACUUGGAGGAAGAAAAUAAAAUGUCAUCAUAAUAUAAAAUGCCGAAUAGAACUGGACAACCAUAGGAUAUUAAACAGUACAUUGAGUGAAAAAAAUACAAUCUAUGUUUCUCAUACAAA